UUUUUGAAGCGGCAACAUUAAAAAUUUAAGGUCAUCAGGCCAACUGUUUGUUUUCGAGUCAUCUAAACUUAGCGAUGAAUGCCCUGGAAAUUAGGGAUGAACCAGAUUGGGAAACAGUUCAUGAUUCGAUUUACAAAUUAUUAUGUAGUAUUCAUACAACUGAAGAGAUUAAACGCUCUAUUGAAAAUCUAUUCGAAGAGUUUUUACAUACAAAAUCAAACAAUUCAAUAUAUGAAUACUUUCAAAGGCAAUAUUUAACUCUAAUGGAAAUAAAUCCAUACCAGCGAUAUUCUAUUAUACAAUUUGUUGUUUUAUUAGAUUUAAACUUCAUAUCUGAACGCAUUUUAAUCACUUUAUCUAACAGUAAUUUGGAUUGUGUAAAUUGGUCUCAUAUUCUUAAAUUGAUAUCUGUUAUGAGUACAUGUAUCAAAGGAGGUGUAACCACUGUUAAAUUUAUUAUUCAUCAACUUUUAUUAUUAUUAUUUCACUCAAGUAUCAAUCACGCUAACAAUAAACAGAUUGAUUUGGAUAAUUUACACUUAUUAGAUGAUUUAUUCAUGCCUACAACUCAAUCCGUUUUAUCAGCAAUCGAUAAACACGAUCAACAAUUGUUAAUAGCAAUUCUACUCAUCGCGCGUCAAUUAUGCUCAGAAGAUUAUCGAUUAACUGGGAUAAAUUAUAAACAAUGGUGGUUAGAAACAUUUUGUACACCGUUUUCAUCAUCAACAUCGACAAUACGUAACACUGAUCAACACCACCAAUCUCAUAAUUCUUCUUCUGCACCUUUUGUACAAAAUAUCAUAUCAUCACGUUGUACUGUGGUGUAUUUUUGUAAUUUACUCAUUGAUUUGUUGCCUUUUGAAAGAAAUGUGAAAUUUUUACAAAUUCAACUGAAUACACAACCGAAUUGGUUUAGUCUAAUGAAAAAAUCAACCAAUAAUCGAAUAAAAACGCAUAUCAAUGAAAUUCAUAUUAAAGCUACUGAAGACGAAAUACUUGAAAUGGAUUUAGACUAUACAAACAAUAUCAUCCAUGAUGACAAUGAUAACAAGAAUAAUAAUCAUGACAAUCUUGAGAUGUACAUCGAAUCUUGCAUCAGUCGAUGGAAUGAUUAUUGUGAAAUUGCACAAGGACGAUUAGCUGAAUUAAGAGAACACUGUUGUACAACAAAAGUUAUGCUGAUAGAUAAAAGUGCCUCUGAUUAUGAUAAUACUUGUACUACUCCAGGUUGGAGUGAUGUUCUCAGCUGGUUAAAUGAAAUCGCAAUACAAAAUAGUGUUCGCAGUGGUAAUGAUGACAUUGAUAAAUGUCGUUUACCGUCAGAAUGGAAUGAAGUAAAUCUAUUUCGUCCACGUUGGCUUCGAUCUACACUGAUUCCAGCUUUAAUGAAUGCUCCGGAAAUUGAACAUUUAUCAACAGAAUUAAAAUGUGCCCGUGAACAAUUAUUACAAGGAAUACGUUCCGCUGGUCUAUCACACUUAAUAAAUCACACCGAAGUGAAACUUACUAACAUGAAGUCAAUGAAAAGAACAGCAACAGGAACCAAGAAACAAUCAACCUCCUCUUCUUCAUUCAAAUCAAAACAACACAAAGUGUUGAAUAAGACAAAUUCGAAAAUUAAACAAACAAAAAUUGACGAGAAUACAAUUACAUAAUUAUGCUAUUUGAAUUGUCAAUUGCAGCUCCAGGUGCUAAUGUGGUAUGGCAACUGUUGCUCAUUUACGUACAUAGUAACUGACAAUAACUUUAACUGAUAGAAUAUACCUG